CUGGCCGUAUCACCAUCGUUUCCUAGUGCUAGUCUAGUAGGAGGUUUCGAUUUGUAUGUCAUAUACCAGUUCUUGGCAUUAUUAUAUUUAACACAUUUUUUUGGAACAGAUUUAAGUACGUAACAAUAAAACGUCUGGAAUAAAAACAAACAAAUUGAGAUUUUUUUUAAUGCAUCUUGAUGGAGGAUUUCUCGUUUUGUGUUGUUGAGCAUUAGCUAACAACAACCCUAAGGGUAUUUGUACAUGCACGAUGAUAUAUUAAGUACACUGCCAUAGUGUGCCUCAAAUGUGUCUCUUUUUGCUGACUUGAUUUGUCCUAAUGGUGUAAGGAACAGAACUACAUAAUGUCCCAGCAUGCUCUGCUCUCGGCUGGUUGUAAGGCAUGGCGGUCACUGUCAUGUCCACGGUCAGAGCUUCGGCUGGAUCUCACUCUGGGAUGUGGUCAGACGUUCCGUUGGCGUGAAACUGCGGAUGAUCACUGGACGGGAGUAAUGCGAGGAAAAGUCUGGACACUAACGCAAACAGAAGAUACGUUAUGGUACUAUGUUUACAGUCAUCAAAUACAUGCCGGAACAGAAAACAGACUGAAACAGGUGAAAGAUGAAGAGCAGUUAUUGGGGAAUAUGCCAAAACGAAAGAUGGAAAUAAAGCAGGAAAUUGACAUAAAGCAGGAAGAGGCAGGAUUGUGCACAGUGAUGUCAAAGCCUGAAAAAGAGGAGGAACUUCUGAGGGACUAUUUCCAGUUAGAUGUUAAAUUAGAGGAUCUCUACAGGGAUUGGAGCACCGUGGAUCCACACUUCAAACAUACAGCAAACAUCUUCACAGGAGUGCGUUUGUUGCGUCAAGACCCCAUCGAGUGUCUUUUCUCAUUCAUCUGUAGCUCGAAUAAUCACAUCUCGCGGAUUCAGGGCAUGGUCGACAGACUGUGUCAGACACUUGGGACUCUCCUCUGCAAGCUUGAUGAUGUGGCCUAUCAUGAUUUUCCCCCUCUGCAAGCUCUUACAGACCCUAGUGUGGAGAUGCGUUUGCGUGACUUAGGUUUUGGCUACCGUGCUCGUUUCCUGCAGCAGAGCUCACAAACCAUCGUGAACUCUCAUGGCCCCGACUGGCUCCAGUCGCUCCGCAGCGCCCCCUACCUGCAGGCCAGAGAUGCUCUGAGAAGUCUUCCUGGAGUUGGUCUCAAAGUAGCUGACUGUGUAUGUCUGAUGUCACUGGACAAGUUUGAAGCUCUUCCUGUGGACACACAUGUGUGGCAGAUUGCCAAACGUGACUACAGCUUUGCUGCCGGGAACAGCCAGAAGACUUUGACUGAUAGAGUCUACAAAGAGAUUGGUGACUUCUUUAGAAAACUCUGGGGUCCCUAUGCAGGCUGGGCACACUCUAUACUUUUCUGUGCUGAUCUAAAGAGGUUUCAGAAGCUGAAAGAAGAGAUUCCUGUACUGAAAGAUGAGAAAACAGAGCUGAAGAAAAAGAUGAAAGAGAGAAGACAUGACAGAAAUGAAGAAAAACAAAGCGAAAAAGGCAAAAAGCAUCAGAGGACAUAAAAUUAUAUGAAAGCAUGGACAACAUUCAUCACUAAUGCACUCAGACUUCAGCAAGUCUGCUUCCAUUGUGCACUUUUUUAUAAGUGUCGAGGAAACUAAUUGAAUUUCUACAAUAGCUGUCAGAAUCUCAAACAGCUCAAUUUAAUCUGUAAUUUCAAAGAAAGGACAAUAUUUUUACACUUAAGUGUAUAAUAAAUGUGCAGUUAAACACA